AUGCUGCUCUCCAGCCAAGAGGAACAGUACAACGUGGAGACCGGGACCAUCGCAGUGGACUUUGGCAGGAGUGACAUCUACGAAAAGAUCGAGGCGGGGCUGGCUGGAUUAGAGAUCGGGGUUCUUGUGAACAAUGUUGGUGUUUCCUACGACUACCCCGAGUACUACCUCAAUAUUCCUGAUCUGGACAAUUUCAUCACAAACAUGGUCAACGUCAACAUAACUUCAGUCUGCCAGAUGACCCGCCUGGUGCUGCCCAGGAUGAAUGAGAGGUCCAAAGGAGUCAUCCUGAACAUCUCGUCUGCCAGCGGCAUGUACCCCCUCGCUCUGCUCACCGUCUACUCUUCCACAAAGGCCUUUGUGGAUUUCUUUUCUCGUGGCCUUCACGAAGAGUACAGGCGUCAGGGCAUCAUCAUCCAGAGUGUGCUGCCCUUCUUCGUGGUGACCAAAAUGACUCGCAUCAAGAAGCCCACCCUGGACAAACCCACCCCCGAGCGCUAUGUGCUGGCUGAGCUCGCCACUGUGGGUCUGCAGAGCCAAACCAAUGGAUAUUUCCCUCAUGCCGUCAUGCCUGUUUCACUCUUAUUGUACUUGUUGCUGUGA